AUGCGUUCGAAGUUGCUACAGAAGCUCCAUCUCUCUGGACAUUCCCACACCACUGAUUCAUCAUCCACUACAAGAGGUUUGCAUCCAGAACCAGCAGUUUCCCAGCAAGCCUUUCAGCCACCAGUUCUGCCAACACUAGUGUCUUCAGCUCCCGAGAUCAAGCCACAGCUCCAAGAGAUCGCUCCAUCGUCGAGUCAAGACCCCAAUUUCGAAAUGGAUUUUGAGCCUGCUGUAGAACAGGCCCAGGUGCCACAUUCGCAACCUCAACAACACCUUCCAUCUUACCAGGCCAUUCUGAGCAAUUCAGUGACUCCUGAUGCCGUUCAGCAAUCGCUCUUGCCGCAGAGAUCGACUGUUUCCAAGGGAAAGUACUCGCUGAAGGAUUUCCACAUAAUGAGAACUUUGGGAACGGGAUCCUUUGGAAGAGUCCAUCUGGUGAGGUCCGUUCAUAACGGUCGUUAUUACGCCAUAAAGGUCCUGAAGAAAGCCCAGGUGAUAAGGAUGAAACAGGUCGAACACACCAAUGACGAACGGAGAAUGCUCAAGGUGGUGGAACACCCAUUUCUGAUCAGAAUGUGGGGAACUUUCCAGGACGCAAAGAACCUUUUCAUGGUGAUGGACUACAUCGAAGGUGGAGAGCUCUUUUCGCUUUUGAGAAAAUCCCAACGGUUCCCAAACCCCGUCGCAAAAUUUUAUGCUGCUGAGGUAACACUGGCAUUGGAAUAUCUCCACUCGCAUAACAUCAUCUACCGUGAUCUGAAACCCGAGAACAUUUUGCUUGACAGGAACGGUCACAUCAAGAUCACCGACUUCGGUUUCGCCAAGGAGGUGGAAACUGUGACCUGGACUUUGUGUGGUACGCCUGAUUAUAUUGCACCUGAGGUGAUCACUACCAAGCCAUACAACAAGUCUGUUGACUGGUGGUCUCUAGGUAUCUUGAUUUUUGAAAUGUUGGCUGGGUACACUCCGUUCUAUGACCAGACUCCAAUGAAGACCUACGAGAAGAUUCUGGCUGGAAAGAUUCAUUAUCCCUCCAUUAUGCAUCCGGAUGCGGUUGAUCUGCUUUCCAAGCUGAUUACAGCAGAUUUGACAAGGAGAUUGGGUAACCUUCAGAAUGGACCUGCCGACAUCAGAGGCCAUCCAUGGUUUUCGGAGGUGGUUUGGGAGAAACUCUUGUCGAAAGAUAUCGAGACACCUUACGAGCCACCAAUUACAGCUGGUGUUGGGGAUUCUUCGCUCUUUGAUCAUUAUCCAGAAGAACAAUUGGACUAUGGCUCUGUUGGAGAUGAUCCAUAUGCGAAGUACUUUACCGAGUUCUAA